AUGGCGAGCCAGCUCAGCUCCAUAGUGGAGAGCGGCCAGCACGCAUGCUACGGCAUCGAGUGGCAGCUUACUGACGGAGUUCUCGUGGCGAAAGAAGUCUACAACCCUUCCUGGCGCAUCGAGUAUGCGGCCCGUGCUGGUCUCAAGAGCCUUUUCACCACCGAGUCGACCCGUCACACCUUUACACCUGGUGAGGGUCUUGUGGGCCAAGUCUUUCUUCAGCAGCAGCCGACCUUUGCAAAAGACCUCCAGCAGCUUACUGAGGAAGAAAACCGUGCCGCAAUGUUCGGUGGUGCCGCCUUCGUUUACAAGCGCACCGCUCUGGCGGCUGAGUAUGGCAUCCACUCCUGCCUCUUCGUCCCCACGAAGAGUGGCGUCCUCGAGGUCGGCGCCAUGCUCGUUGUGUCCCCUGAUGACCUGAUUGCGCCGGCCUUGGUGAAGGCCAUCCAAGAGGGCGGCCCGAUCCCAGAGGUGAAGCCGGCUCCCGUGAAGCUCGCGCCCUGUGCUCCGUGGCUGCAGAAGAUCGCCGAGAGCUGCCCUGAGCUGUGCUAUGCAAUCGAGUGGACCAUGAGCGCCGGCACGCUGCAGGUGAACGAGAGCUACAAUCCAGCAUGGCGCGUCCAGUAUGCAGCUCAGGCGGGCUUGCCAGGUUUGUACACCAGCUCCUCCAGGGCUUUGACCUUCCAGCCAGGCGAGGGAGUUGUCGGCCAGGUGUUCCAGGCUCAGAAGGAGCUCUUCAUCCAGGACGCGCAGGAGAUAACCGAGGAAGGCGUCCGCGAUGAUAUGUUCAGCGGCAACCAGGUGCACUUCCUGCGCGCGGACAUGGCGAAGACCUUCAACAUCCGCUCCGCCGCCUUCGUGCCCCUCAAAUCCGGGGUCUUGGAGCUUGGGUCGAUGAAGCAGCUCAAGAGCAUGGCAGCGCUGCUCACAGACUCGACCAUGAAAGCCAUCGAAGAGGCCCCAUGCGCCCUUGCCAAGUGA